GCGCUGGAGCAGGCGAGCGACCCCGAGCUGAGGUCGUCGCUCAACUCCCAGGAGAAGGAACAGCGGCUUGCACGCGGGCUGGCCGAGGCCGAACUUGCGAAGAAGCAAGCCGCCCAGCUUCUUGCCAACCAUGAGGGUAUCUUUCACAAGUCGCCAUCGUUUCCGACACCGACUGCGACACCCACUGGGGGCAAGCCUUUUGGUUUCAGUUUUGACAGCCAGCUGUUUGAGAAUUUCGGGGGCCUUGAGUGUGAGGAGACGGAGCGCACCGAGCUCAACAAGGCACAUCAGCAGCUCAUCGAGACCCAAAAGUACUUUAACGGCGCGGCGGAGAAGUUCACCGCCUUCAUCAAGAAAGCCACCGAGAUGCGG